CCCAACAAUACUAACACUAGUAAUCGGUCUUCUCUUGUAAAGUCUCAACCCCCCUCUUUUAUUGCCGAGUCCAUUGCACUGCACCGCAACUUCUCUCUCUAUAUCUCUUUGAUUUAUGAUUUAUGGCCAAAGGUGGUGGACUCUCCAUUGAUUCAGAUCCAAUUCGCUGCUUGUUCCCACUCAACCCAAUCUUCCACAACUUCUCCUCGUCUUCCGAAUAAAAUCACACCACCAACAACAUCGAACACCUCGAGUGCAAACUCAUGGAUGCCGCCGCCGCCGCCGCUGAUCGGUCUCUUCCAACCACCAUCCAAUUCCCACUCAAUCUCAACUGCUCUGGUGAUAAAAGGGCCGUCAUCGACGAGAUGGAUUUCUUCGCCGAGAAAAAACAGGACGACGAUCCUGUUAAUACCCACGUUGACGAUAUGAAAGAGGAUUCCAAAAAUCUUGCCGGAUUAGAGUUGAAUGUAAACACUGGAUUGAAUCUGCUUACUACGAAUACAAGUAGCGAUCAGUCUGUGGUGCUGGAUGAUGGAAUUUCAUCAAACAUGGAAGACAAGAGAGCAAAGAGCGAGAUGGCUGUUCUUCAAGCUGAGCUUCAGCGUAUGAACACGGAGAAUCAACGUUUGAGGGACGUUUUGAAUCAGGUGACGAGUAACUACAAGACUCUGCAGAUGCAUUUAGUUACAAUUAUGCAGCAGGACCAAAAACCUGAUAACAUCAAUGGACAAUUGAAGCAUGCUGUAAUUGAUGGGAAAGCUGAAGAAAAUAAAGUGCCUAGAAAGUUCAUGGAUCUUGGACUGGCUUCUCGUGCCACGGACACCGAGGAGCCUUCUCUGUCUUCGUCGAGCCAGGACCGGUCAGGAUCUUCGAGGGACAACGUAGAAGUGGCGUCGAAAGAGAUUGUAUUAGGGAAGAAUGUGGAUAGUGAAGAGAGGAGAAUUAGUGGAAGAGAGGAUAGUCCAGAUCAUGGUUGGGGGUCUAACAAGUUUCCGAAAUUCAGUUCUUCCAAAAAUGAUGAUCAAACAGAGGCCACCAUGAGAAAGGCUCGCGUGUCGGUCAGAGCAAGAUCAGAGGCUCCUCUGAUCACUGAUGGAUGCCAUUGGAGGAAGUAUGGGCAAAAGAUGGCAAAAGGAAAUCCAUGCCCUCGAGCUUAUUAUCGCUGCACCAUGGCCGCUGGUUGUCCAGUUCGAAAACAAGUGCAGAGAUGUGCAGAGGAUCGGACAAUACUAAUCACUACAUAUGAAGGCAAUCACAACCAUCCUUUACCCCCAGCUGCAAUGGCAAUGGCAUCGACGACUACAUCAGCAGCGCGAAUGCUGCUAUCGGGUUCUAUGUCAAGUGCUGAUGGACUAAUGAACUCCAAUUUCUUAAGCAGGACUCUCCUCCCAUGCUCUUCUAGCAUGGCCACUAUAUCAGCUUCAGCCCCAUUUCCUACUGUUACAUUGGACCUAACACAACCACCAAACUCUUUACAGUUCCAAAAGCCACAAAACCAUUUCCAUCUCCAAUUCCCAAAUGGAUCACCUGCUGCACAACUGCCUCAGAUAUUUGGUCAAACACUUUAUAACCAAUCCAAAUUCUCUGGCCUACAAAUGUCUCAAGAUACGGAACACCCCGCGCAAUUGCAAGCACCAGCAAUGCACCAGACAACAGACGUCCUCGACACAGUGAGCGCGGCCACCGCUGCUAUUACAGCCGAUCCUAACUUCAUGGCCGCUCUGGCUUCAGCGAUCACUUCAAUAAUUGGUGGUGCUCACCCAAACAACAUUACUAACAACAACACCAGCCUUGCCACCACCACCACCACCAGCACUGGCAAUAUUACUACCACUAGCAACAGCAACAACAACAGCAGCAACAAAGUUGGUAAUAAUUCAAAUUUUCCGGGGAAUUAAAGAUUAGUAUUUUUGGUUUCUUCCAUUCUUUUCUUCUUUGUUGUUCAAAACAGGAUUUACGUACUUAGAGAUGAAGUGGGAUAUUCAAUAUUUUCUUUUGCCGUCUGAAUAAUUUCUUCCGAGUCGUACGUGUCAACAUAAAGAGACGAAAAAGAGAAAAAUAAAGAACAGAAUUCACUGUUUUUUGUGUA